ACGUCUUUGCAUGUUUCGUUACCAAAGAUAAUGGAAUAAAAUAAUUUUCUACGAAACGUUAAACAGAUCAAUAAAGCCGGGGUAAUUCAAGCUGAUCACGCGAUAUGUCCGAGACAAAGGUUAUUCCAAAGAAAACUAAAUCGAAUUUAUUAAGUUCAUUACGAUCUAGUACCGAGCAUGGACAAUCUACCGGAUCUAAUAGCAGUGUUUUAGAAGAGACAGAAGGUGACGUUGGGCAAAUAGGAAAACAUAUCUCAAAGGGUUCGGUGACGAUAAACAGGGAUGAGUAUUUACACGCACACAGAGAACUAACUCACGACUACCAACAGCUUAAAAUGAAAAACAACCUGCUACAUCGGAGAUUUGCUGAUUACUAUAAAAAAAGGAAACUUGAACAUGUAUUAAAACCAUUGGAAAAUUCUGCUGAUUUAGAAGAAAAAUAUCAACAAAAAUUGUUCACAUACGCGGAACUAAAAGAUAAGGAAGAAAAAGAAAUACACGAUAUAAAAACCAAAAUUCAAGCUGUAGAAAACCAAUUCAAGCAUAAUUUGGAAAAUGCUGAACAGAAAUGCGACGAACUUAUACAAUUAGAAAGGAGCACUGGCACAGGAUUGAUAUACUCAAAAACGGGAAAACCCAUGGGUGAAAAGACUAUAGAAAGAUUUCUGACGUUGCAAAGACACAAAGCAGAACAAGCUGCACAAUUAUGUUUACGAUACAUCAGAGUGAGGAAUGCCGUGGCUGAACUUGAAGUUGUGAUACGCAAAUUGGAAACACUAGGCCCGGGAUUACAUGUUGCACACUUCGAACAAAUGUACAUCGACAAACAAAACUAUAUGAAUAAAAUUGAAGAACGUGAGGACGAGCUGAUAAAAAACCGUACGAAAUGUACUGAACAUAAUCAGAUUUUGGCGCACAUACGCGAGAAAAUGCAUCACACCGACGAAGUUAUUGACUUUACAGAAGGUGAUCUAGGCGAUGCAGAUUUAGAAUUUUUGAAAGCCAGAGAAAGACUAGGCCAUGCAAAAGGAGAACGAGACAAACUACGUUGGUCGCUUGAAUCGGAACGAAUGAAGGCAGGUUUGCUUACCAGAAGGGAUUUGUUGCGUGACUUCCAAGACGCCACUGACGAGGUUGUAAAUUUAAAGGAGAGAAAAUGCCAUCUCAUGAAUCAAAUAACAAAAAUAAGACAUAAAUUACGAGAAUCUCGUCGUCAGUAUCAGUUCCAGCCAAUAGCGGCUGAGAAGGAUGAGGAAUUAGACAAUCUGUCUUAA